CAGGGGAGGACUGACCAUUUGGAAACUCGGGCACUACCCGAGGGCCUGGGGUCAGUAGGGGGCCCCAUGGGAUGCCCCUGGUACCUUUUUCAUAGGAUUUUUUGAGUUUGGGCAAGGACACAGGGGCCCCAUGAUCCCUUAUUGCCCCCAUGAGUUGUCAGUCCACCCCUUGCCACCCACCUGUGCCUAGCAGUACCACCCACAUGUGCUUAGCAGUGCCACCUACCUGUGCCCAUCAGUGCCACCCACCUGUUCCC